AUGGCUUUCCCAGACUCAUGUGAACCAGCUGCAUUUACCAUCAAGCUACCGAAUGUCUCGGGCGAGACUAUCGCAGUCAAAGUCGGCCUCCAAAUCGUCGACGUACACAAGGAUCUCAUCAGUAGCAGCUCCGAAUACUUCAGAAAAGCCAUUAGUCACGAGUCGAUUUUAUCUCACAGUUACCUUGCUCGGAUGUACGUCUUGGGAGAAAAGUUGAUCGACCGCACAUUCCAGAACGAUGUCGUCGACGCCAUAAUCUACCGCCAUAUCACUGCGCGACUGAGUCAAAAGCCCCUGCGCUACAAAGUACCUGAUCUGCAAGCUAUCGGAAUCAUCUACGAGGGCGCUCCGAGGAAAGCCCCGGUGAUACGUCUCCUGGUGGAUCUGUGGGCUUUCAACAUGGAAUCCUCUUGGGUAACGAAGACGAGACUUCGAGCGCCAGAGAACAAACCUUUUCUGGAUGACCUCUUACCGGCACUGUUAGACAGGCGGGGGCUCCCGGAUGCUUCUCAGGCUAGGCCAUGGAUCUCGCAACGAAGUUCCUAUUACAACAAGGGUGUCGUGAUCAAGAGCGAGAUACCGGAAGACAGGGGCGACGAGGCGAUCUUUGAGCCUUUCAUCAAGGAUGAGCCCGCUGAGGAGGAACCUUUCGUUAGGAACGAGCCUUACGUUGGGGAUGAAGCUCACAUCAAGGAAGAGCCUUCUAUGAUAGAUGAGCCCUUCAUCAAGGAGGAGCCUUCUAGCGGGGAAGAGCUUUCCAGCGAGGAAGCAUCUUCCAGCGAAGAUGACUCUUCCUCCGACGAGGAUGGAUCACCCAGCGAGGAUGAGCUUUCCAACAAGACUGACCCUUCAGUCCAGGAGGAGGUGGACGUGCUUGAUGCAUUCUGGGACAAAUCGAAAACGCCCGAAGUGAAGAUUCCCGCCCCCACUCCAGACACCGCCAUGAUUGCCCUGACAGAGGCUGGAGACGACAUUGAGACACCCAACUUGAGAGGCGACAUCGUACCCAUCCACGUCGGCAACAACCCGGAGACUCUGCUGCAUGUUCACGCCACAGCCUUGGGCAAGAGCUCCGAGUUCUUCAAAAACGCACUGAAAUCAGCAUGGCGCACAGAUCCUACAAAGCCCAUCGACAUGUCUGACGUGGAUCCUGCCAUUUUCGAAGGAUACUGCGGGUGGUUGUACACGGGAAGGGUCAUGCAUCUUGAUAACGAUCAAUCUUAUAGGCACCUCGCGAGUCUUUAUGUCUUGGGAGAACGGAUUAUGGACGUUACCUUCCAGAACAGCGUCGUCGCCGCUAUAAUCCGACGCAGCCAAACUUCCAAAAAAUUACCUGGAAAUCCAGCGAUACAGAUCAUCUACGCUGGUACCCCUGCCGGAUCACCUGCCCGACGCUUGUUUGUAGACUUUUGGGUCUUCAAUGCGCUACCAUCAUGGAAAGGACUUGAAGACUUGACCAAGCAUACGUGCGCUGAUUUCGCCAACGACCUAAUUCGCAAGUUCAUUGAGCAGCGAGGCGCAGCCGACAGCUCCGUCCCAAGGCCAUGGAUUGCGGAUCCUAAGUCAUACGAGAGCAAGUGA